AUGUCCUGCCAGCAAAGCCAGCAGCAGUGCCAGCCCCCUCCCAAGUGUUGUCCUCCCAAGUGCCCCCCUGUGUCUUCCUGCUGUAGCCUGGGUUCUGGGGGCUGCUGUGGCUCCAGCUCUGGGGGAGGCUGUGGCUCCAGCUCUGGGGGCUGCUGCAGCUCUGGGGGUGGUGGCUGCUGCCUGAGCCACCACAGGCCCCGCAGAUCUCUCCGUCGCCAUCGUCACAGCUCUGGAUGCUGUGGCAGCAGUGGUGGCAGCAGUGGAUGCUGUGGCAGCAGUGGUGGCAGCAGUGGAUGCUGUGGCAGCAGUGGUGGCAGCAGUGGAUGCUGUGGCAGCAGUGGUGGCAGCAGUGGCUGCUGUGGCAGCAGUGGUAGUAGCCAGCAGUCUGGGGGCUGCUGCUGA